UAUAAAUAACAAAGACCGCCUUCUUGGUCUUUCUCUUUCAGCCGGAUUGGAGACAAUAUGUCCCACCGUAAGUUUUCGGCGCCUCGCCACGGGUCCCUGGGGUUCCUUCCCCGCAAAAGAAGCCGACGUCACCGUGGCAAGGUGAAGAGCUUCCCCCGCGAUGACUCCAGCAAGCCCGUCCACCUUACCGCUUUCCUGGGCUACAAGGCGGGCAUGACCCACAUCGUGCGCGAGGUCGACAGACCGGGGUCCAAGGUAAACAAGAAGGAGGUGGUGGAGGCAGUGACGGUGGUGGAGACGCCUCCUAUGGUCAUCGUGGGUGUUGUGGGGUACGUCCAGACCCCACGUGGCCUGAGGUCUUUGAAGACUAUCUUUGCUGAGCACAUCAGUGAUGAGUGCAAGCGGCGCUUCUACAAGAACUGGUACAAGUCCAAGAAGAAGGCCUUCACCAAGUACUGCAAGAAGUGGCAGGACGAAGAGGGCAAGAAGCAGCUGGAGAAGGACUUUGCCUCCAUGAAGAAGUACUGCCAGGUCAUCCGUGUCAUUGCCCACACCCAGAUGCGCCUGCUGCCCUUGAGGCAGAAGAAGUCUCAUCUGAUGGAAGUGCAGCUCAACGGGGGAUCCAUCUCUGACAAGGUGGACUGGGCCCGGGAGAAGCUGGAGCAGGCCGUGCCUGUCAGCAAUGUCUUCGGCCAGGACGAGAUGAUCGAUGUCAUUGGUGUCACAAAGGGUCACGGUUACAAAGGUGUCACCAGCCGUUGGCACACCAAGAAGCUCCCCCGCAAGACCCACCGUGGUCUGCGCAAGGUGGCCUGUAUUGGGGCCUGGCACCCGGCCCGCGUGGCCUUCUCAGUGGCCCGUGCCGGUCAGAAGGGAUACCACCACCGCACCGAAAUCAACAAGAAGAUCUACAAAAUUGGCCAGGGUUACCACACCAAGGAUGGCAAGCUGGUGAAGAACAAUGCUUCCACAGAUUAUGACAUCUCCAACAAGAGCAUCAACCCACUGGGUGGAUUUGUUCACUACGGUGAGGUGACCAACGACUUUGUCAUGCUGAAGGGUUGUGUUGUUGGGACCAAGAAGAGGGUGCUCACUCUGCGCAAGUCCCUUCUGGUGCAGACGAGUCGUCGUGCCCAGGAGAAGAUUGACCUCAAGUUCAUCGACACAACAUCCAAGUUUGGACAUGGUCGCUUCCAGACCUUGGAGGAAAAGAAGGCCUUCAUGGGAGUGCUCAAGAAGGACCGCAUUGCCAAGGAGGAGACGGCCUAAGAUCAGCUUGCGUCUACUUGAUUUGCGCUGUUGUGGAGCUAUGCAGCUUAAUAAAAACUUAUCUUGAA